AUGUGCCCCCAGAGCCCUCCAGUCUUGCUGCUGCCCCUCCUGCUACUGCUGGCACUGGGGCCCAGAGGGUGGGGCUGCCCCCCAGGCUGCCAGUGCAGCCAGCCGAGGACUGUCUUCUGCACGGCCCGCAAGGGCCCCACGGUGCCCCACGACGUGCCGCCUGACACGGCGGGCCUGUACAUCUUUGAAAAUGGCAUCACCACGCUUGACGUGGGCAGCUUCGCCGGCCUGCCUGGCCUGCAGCUGCUGGACUUGUCACAAAACCAGAUCGCCAGCCUGCCUGGAGGGGUCUUCCAGCCACUGGCCAACCUCAGCAAUCUGGACCUGAGUGCCAACCGGCUGCGGGAGGUCACCAACGAGACCUUCCGCGGCCUGUGGCGCCUCGAGCGCCUCUACCUGGGCAAGAACCGCAUCCGCCGCAUCGAGCCGGGGGCCUUCGCUGCGCUGCACCACCUCCUGGAGCUGAAGCUGCAGGACAACGAGCUGCGGGCCCUGCCCCCGCUGCGCCUGCCGCGCCUGCUCCUGCUGGAUCUCAGCCACAACAGCCUGUCGGAGCUGGGGCCCGGCGCCCUGGACGCCGGCAACCUGGAGGCGCUGCGGCUGGCGGGCCUGGGGCUGCGGCGGCUGGACGAGGGGCUCCUGGGCCCCCUGCAGAACCUGCGCGACCUGGACGUGUCCGACAACCAGCUGGAGCGGGUGCCGCCCGCUGUCCACAGCCUGCGGGGCCUGACGCGCCUGCGGCUGGCUGGCAAUCCCCGCAUCGCCCAGCUGCGGCCCGAGGACCUGGCCGGCCUGGCAGCCCUGCAGGAGCUGGACCUGAGCAACCUGAGCCUCCAGGCCCUGCCGUCCGACCUGCCCAGUCUCUUCCCCCGCCUGCGGCUCCUGACGGCUGCCCGCAACCCCUUCAACUGCGUGUGCCCCCUAAGCUGGUUCGGCCAGUGGGUGCGCGAGAGCCGGGUUACGCUGGCCAGCCCCGAGGAGACGCGCUGCCACUUCCCACCCAAGAAUGCCGGCCGGCUCCUUCUGCAGCUCGACUAUGCCGACUUUGGCUGCCCGGCCACCACCACCACCACCACCACCACGGCGCCCACCACGAGGCCCACUGUCGGGGAGCCACCGCCCUCCCCAUCCAGCGAGGCGCCUACCUGGCUCAGUCCCACGGAGCUGGCCACCCCGGCACCCAGUCAGCCGAUCGGUCCCCUGCCCACUGCAAGGUCUGCGCCCCAGCCCCAGGACUGCCCUGCGUCCACCUGCCUCAACGGUGGUACCUGCCACCUGAAGGCGUGGCGACACCUGGCAUGCCUGUGCCCCGAGGGCUUCACGGGCCUGUACUGCGAGAGCCGGGUGAGGCUGUGGACGCGGCCCAGCCCGCUGCCGGCCACCCCAAUGCCGCCGCGGCCCUUGCCCCUCGGGGUGGAGCCUGUGAGCCCCACCUCCCUGCGGGUGGCCCUGCAGCACUACCUUCAGAGUAGUGUCCCGCUCACACGUCUCCGCCUCACCUACCGGAACCUCUCGGGCCCAGACAAGCGGCCCGUGACGCUGCGGCUGCCUGCCUGGCUUGCUGAGUACACCGUCACCCAGCUGCAGCCCAACGCCACCUACUCCAUCUGUGUGAGGGCCCUGGGGGCCGGGCAGGGGCCAGAGGAUGAGGAGGCCUGCGGGGAAGCCCGCACGCCCCCGGCCAUCCGCUCAAACCACGCCCCCGUCACCCAGGCCCGGGAAGGCAACCUGCCACUGCUCAUUGCGCCCACCCUGGCUGCCGUGUUCCUGGCGGUGCUGGCGGCUGUGGGGGCGGCCUACUGCGUGAGACGGGGGCGGGCAGCGGCGGCAGCUCAGGGCAAGGGGCAGGUGGGGCCGGGGGCAGGGCCCCUGGAGCUGGAGGGAGUGAAGGCCGCGCUGGAGCCUGGUGCCAAGGUGACUGAAGGUGGUGGGCAGGCCCCAGCUGGCGGUCCCGAGUGCGAGGUGCUGCUCAUGGGCUACCCAGGGCCCGGCCUCCAGGGGCCCCUCCCCGCCAAGCCCUACAUCUAA